UGAAAAAUUCGUUCAAUACAACUAACAUUAGGAAACAUCUGAAGCGUUGCCAUCAAAAGGAAUUCGAAGAGCUGACACAAAAAGAACGAGAAAUAUUAGAAAAAACAAAUCAAAUUUUUAAAAAAAAGAGCCCUGAAAGUCAGCCAACAAUAUCAGCCAUUCUUAAUAAAACUAAUAUUUGGAAACAUUCUGAUCCUAAAUCAAUAAUAAUUUCUAAAUUUAUAGGGGAAAUGAUAGCGUGUGACCACCAGCCGAUUUCUAUCUUGGAGGAUAUAGGCUUUAAAAGGCUUUUACAUCAUUUAUGUCCAAAUUACAAAAUUCCUAAUAGAAAGUAUUUUUCGCAAGGAGUUAUUCCGGAUAUAUAUGAAAAACUCUCCGAAAAAAUUCGUAAAGAAAUUUUGGUUGACGAUUAUUUUUUAUCCUUUACGGUAGAUAUAUGGACUAGAAAUUCAGGUGGCGAUUCUCACAUCUCAUUAACAUGCCACUAUAUAAACCAAAAUUUUCAACAAAUUAAUAAAGUUCUAAAUGUUAAAACAUUUAAUGAGUCGCAUACAGCAAUAAAUAUUGCUCAAAUUUUAGAUGAAAUUAUUAAUUAUUGGGGUAUAAAGAAAAAUAAAAUACACCUAAUCAUUAGAGAUAAUGCACCCAAUAUAACUUUGGCCAUGAAAAAUGGGAAAUUUCAAAGCGUUUCGUGUUUUGCACAUAGUUUGCAAUUGGUUGCACAGGCAGCAAUUUUAUCACAGAGAUCUAUUAUUGACAUGCUUACCCGGGUUAGAAAAAUAGUAGGGCACUUUAAACAUUCUUCUAUUGCACAAAACUGUCUAAAAGAAAUCCAAAUUCGAUUAAGUCUAGCCCAGCACAAAUUAAUCCAGGAUGUGCCCACCCGUUGGGAUUCUACCUAUUAUAUGCUCGAAAGAUUGAUAGAACAAAAAAGGGCGGUACAGCUGUUCAUUGUCUAUAAUCCUAAUUUGGGAAAUCUCUCAUUAUAUGAGUGGGAAUUAGCAGAAAGUGUAAUUGAUGUUCUUGAACCAAUUCAGAGAGUAACAAAAGAAAUAAGUACGGAAUCAUAUUCAAUUAGCAAUGUUAUACCCUUUGUUGAAAUUCUGAAAAGUGAAUUAACAAUUAAUGGGGACACAGAUAGAGGUGUGCAGACUAUGAAGAAUACCACUAAUAAUCAAUUAACAACUCGGUUUUUUGAUAUUUAUGAUGAUGACAAUUAUGUUGUUGAUCCUCGAUAUAAGGAUUUCUUUUUGCCAAAAAACAUAUACAUAGAAAAGCUCAGGACUGCAUGUGAGUCUUUUUUUAAAGGUGAUGAUAAUGUUCAACUUCCAAUUUCUAAUAAAGAUUCGCCAGGUAAUGACAAUGAGAAAAAUGUUCCACAUAACAUUAAAAAAUGCAAAUUUAAUUUAAGGGAUGCUUAUAAAUUGAAAAUCAAAGAAAAACUAGUAAUAAAUGAAAUCGAUAGUAAUGUAAAUGAUGACCUGCCAUACCUAAUAGAAAUCAAGGAAUAUUUAAAAGAAUCUUUAUAUAUAGAAAAAAACUCGAAUAACAUUGAUGAUAUUGAUAUUAUAUCCCCAGUGAAUCCACUUGAAUAUUGGAGAGUUAAUGCUGUAAAAUAUCCAACUUUAUCAACACUUGCACGUAAAUUUUUGGCUCCUCCAGCAACAAGUAUCCCAUCUGAGUCUCAGUACGGCAGGGGAUAUUGA